GGUAAUAAACUUGUGUUUGGUCAAACUUCCCAUAAAAUACACCUUUUUAUUGGACCUUGGUUGAGAUUAUUCUCCACGCUUUGUAACAGAGUCCUGAAUCCUGAGAUGUUGGUGUCGGUGUCAGGACUCUGGUCAGAGAGGAAACUGCUGGUACGAAGACUCCUGAUUAUAUCAGUUUAAGGAUUAGAAUUGAGAUUCUAUCGCCCAAGUUCUGUAAUUUUCGCGUUAUUGGGGCAGACAUACCUAAGAAAUUGAUAUCUGGAGCUCAAUCAACAAUUUAAUUGCAUCCCUUUUGACUCUCCCCUCAGAGAUUGCAGGCGCAAGUCACAAGGUCUUCAUUUCAUUCUACCCUUCUCUUCAUUACCAGAUGAUAUAUGUUGGUGGAGUUCCCUUUCAGAGUGAUGGGCCAUCUUCCUCCGAGCAGGGAAGCAAAAUCCUACUUGCUUUGAUGGAGCAUCCUACUUUGGUAUCUGCCUCGUGUUCAUUUAAGUCUACGCCUGAGAGAAAAUUUUCAGCCUCUGAAGACUCUGGUUUGGAGAGAGGGACAGGAUGUAAAUGGGUCUAUGUUUUCCAAAGAGAGUAUGCAACAGUUGAUCCUGCUCUUGUGGAUGUAUGUUCAUAUCAUGUUUGUGCAGUAAGCUGAAAUUUAUCUGGAAUAAACCUUAAUUCCUAAACAUAAAAAUGAAAACAACAGGAAGAUUUGAGAAACCUAGUUGUCUAGAAUAUGUUUUUAAUAUUUUUCUGAGCAAUGCAGCGUAUUGUGGGUCUCACAUUUAAAACUAUGAUAGCCUCUAGCUUUGAAUGCAAUUUUUGACGUAUGCAAGAAGGUAAGUUAUGCCACAACAAUUUUAGAGGAGGAAAAGACAAAAUGUUGGAGUAGCCUCCAAAGAGGAAUAAACCGUGAUGUCAUACUGUUCAUACAUUAUGUAUGUAUUAUACUUCUCUGUAAGUCCAGAGAUUUCAGAUUUAUUUCUUCUUGAUAAUUUCCUAUAACUAUUGAAUCUAAUUUUAAGUAUCUCAAAAAAAAAAA